AUGGUUUCAAAAACAAGAAUCACUAUCAUUAAUGUUGCUAUCAUAGUAACAUUAUUCACAGCCAAUGUUGUAUUAUCAGAUGAAACAAUCCCAGCAGAUAGAGGCCAAUUAGAAACAUGGUUCAGUAGCAUUAUUACUCCAUUAGAACAAAGAAAAGAUACCCUUGACCCUGCAUUGGUUACUGCAGAAGCUACUCCUAAAAUUAUUAAAGUAAAUCAAGAUGGUAGCGGCGAAUUCAAAACCAUCACCGAUGCUCUUAAUAGCAUACCUACUAGUAACACUCAACGUGUGAUUCUUAACAUCGGUGCUGGAAAUUACAACGAAAAAAUCAAAGUUGAGAGGGCAAAGCCUUUUGUUACAUUUUAUGGUUCACCUGAUAAUAUGCCAAAUAUAACCUAUGGUGGUACUGCAUCACAAUAUGGCACAGUUGAUAGUGCUACGGUGAUUGUCGAAGGAGAUUAUUUUGUAGCUGCUAACGUCAUAAUAUCGAAUUCUGCACCAUUACCUGAUGGAAAAAGGCCAGGUGCUCAAGCUGUUGCAUUGAGAGCUUCUGGUGACAAAACAACAUUUUAUAAUUGUCAAUUCAUUGGGUUCCAAGACACAAUUUGUGAUGAUAGGCAUAAUCAUUUUUUCAAAGAUUGUUUAAUUCAAGGCACAGUGGAUUACAUAUUUGGAAGUGGAAGGUCACUAUAUUUGAAAAGUGAAUUGAGAUCCCUUGGUGACACUGGGCCAACAGUGAUAGUGGCACAAGCAAGAAGUAGUCCAACAGAAGAUGCUUUAUACUCAUUUGUGCAUUGUGAUAUAACUGGAACUGGACAUGAUACUUUCUUAGCCAGAGCAUGGAUGUCGAGUCCCGAAGUUGUGUUUGCUUACAAUAAUAUUACUGAUGUUAUUAAUCCAUUGGCUUGGAAUAACAACUUGCACCCUGAAUAUGACAAAACUAUUCACUUUGGAGAAUACGAGAACACAGGACCUGGUGCAGAUACUAAAGGGCGUGCGCCUAUGAUGAAGCAACUAACCGCAGAUGAGGUUAAACCUUACAUAACCCUUGAAAUGAUUCAAGCAACUAAAUGGCUUCUUCCUCCUCCAAAAAUCUAA